AUGCUGUACUUUAUUUUAGCAUCAUCAACAUCAAGUGAUACUUCAAGUUUUUUUACAGAACAUCUACCAAUUCUAAUAGCAAUAGUAGGUAGUACGAUUGUGGGUGUUGUAAUAUUGACUGUUAUUUGUUGCUGGUGUCAGCGACGACGACAACGACGAAAGAGAUAUUUUGAUUCAAGAAGUGAUCGAUCAAAUUCUGAAAUAUCCCGUAAUGAUUCAAUAGAAAUGAAAUCAAUAUCUCCGAGAAUAUCUUCAAAUAAAAGAUCUUUACCAUCAAAAGUUAAUUACAAGUGUGGUCAUAUGAAACUAGCAAAAGAAUUCGUUUCAUCUCUUAAUUGGGUCGAAAGUCUAUUCAAUCCUUUUUAUGAUGCAUGCUAUUGCAAGAAUUGUUAUCCUUCUGAAUGUGAAAACGUAACAGCAGCGGGCAAUGCAGAAUACGUUAUUCCUCGUGAAUGGGUGCGUUUAGGUCUUCGUGUUGAUCCAGUUAUUCAAGAGCACCAUGAUAUUUGGAAUAAAUGGAUUGUAACCUUUCAUGGAACUAGUAUAGUAGCUGCACAUUCUAUUCUUACUAAUCGUCAGUUUUGUUUACCCGGAGAUAUACUCAUCGAUGGAACUGUAUUAGGUAUUCAUCCAGGACAUAUUCCAAAUAAAAAACAUAUUUAUACAUCGCCGACGAUCGCAUAUUCAAGUUUACCAGUUUACAGUCCAAAAAAACAAUUUCAUUCAUCAAGAACUAAACUAGCUUAUGAAGUUCAGGUUGUUUUACAGUGCCGACAAAAACCAAGAUCAUUUACAGUACAAGGUGAAACCAUUGGAGCUAAGUCGAAACGUAUUUGUAAAUUUAUACCUAAUGAACAAGUCGAAUAUUUUACUGAAAUAAGAUCAUCGAUUGUUCCCUAUGGGUUACUUGUACGAUUUCAUAAAGUUUUAGAUGAUGAUGAUUUUUAA